UAAUAAAAAACCAGUUAAAUUUCUAAAAAGCAAUUUAAAAAAUCCUCAUUUUCCUAACAAUGCUUAACGGUUUUGCUUUCGGUUUUAAGAAAGCAAUACUCAGAGCAUUUCUGCAACGACAAAAUGCCUUCCAAUUCAUUCUACGUCGCCACAGGGAGAAAACUGUGAAUACCUUUCAAACGUUAGCAGAAACUGCAGCAGCACGUGGAGCGCAUAUUAAAACAAUACAUAUGAUCUUGCCGUUCAAGUCAACAGCACUACCAUUUCCACCACUCUCGCAAUCGCUGCGAUUGCUGCACAACGAUAUGAAUGUACCAGACUUCUCCGACUAUCGCCGUGAAACAACGAAUCCAGAUGAUCCACACGAUAACUGCGCAGAACAGCGCAAAGCCUUCUCUUACAUGAUGGUCGCCGCUGGCGUUAUCGGGAGUUGUUAUGCCGCCAAAGGCAUAGUGAACAUGUUCGUAAGUUCCAUGGGCGUAUCAGCCGAUGUACUAGCUAUGGCCCAGAUCGAAAUCAAGUUAAAGGAUAUACCAGAGGGCAAGUCGGUUACGUUCAAAUGGCGAGGUAAACCACUAUUCAUACGACAUCGCACCGAGGCCGAAAUCCAGGAUGUGCGUUCGGUGAAAAUAUCGACCCUACGCGACCCAGAGUCAGAUGAUAAACGCGUCAAGGAUCCACAUUGGCUGGUGGUGAUCGGUGUCUGCACACAUUUGGGUUGUGUGCCAAUUGCAAAUGCAGGCGACUUCGGUGGCUACUACUGUCCUUGCCAUGGCUCAUAUCUGGAACGAUAUAGUGGCUAUGGACUAAUGGAGGACCUUGCUGAGAUAAUCUACUCCUGCAAAACCUAA